AUGGCCGGUGAAUACAACUGCAGUCGAUGUAUGCAGGUCAUGCUACCGAAGACUCACAGUCGAAUUUCUCUCGCUCGCUUCAGACGGCUAGGCCUAGCCAGUCGACGAAGUAAUUUUUCGACAUCAACAUCAACAGCUCCGCAGAAUCCUCUACUUCGACUUCAUAAUUCCAAUUCCGCUACAGCUACAACUCGGCUAGGGACGCUUCAAUGCUCGAAAAAUAGAAUUCUCAAACCCCUUACUAGAAGCGUCCAGACCGCCAUUGCCGCUCCUGAACCUUCCGAAGAAACACGGCCGUUGCGGAAGCCCAAUAACCUCUUCCAAUCUUUCUCCAAGUCGCCUUCUCCAAUCAUACGGAAACGCGCUGAAUUCAUCAAGCACAAUGCUUUCUGUCCUCAUCCGAGCCACCAGCAGACCCGCAUAUCACCCGCUGCCUCCUCCCAUUCAGACGCCUCGGCAGAUAGCAGCACCAACUCGUCCUCGAUUCCCCCAGCCCAUUCACAUUUUGAAUGCCCCGACUGUGGCGUACCGAUAUACUGCUCAGAGGAGCAUUGGAUGGACGACUACGAGGCACACUUGGAAAUAUGCGACACAAUCCGGCAGAUCAACGAGGAUGAUCACGAUCUUGUCUCAGGACGGUUUUUCCCCGAAUUCGCCUACCCAGGUCCCCAGGAUGACAAUUUUAUUGUCAAUAUGACGAACUGGGAUACUUUUUUGUAUACCCGUGAAUUCGAUGCGAUUAAUAAUGAACGAAGUAUGCGUCAAGUCACUCGCAUGCUGACGUAUCCAACGACGAUUGCGAGCGUUAUACAUGAAUUGAGUCCAUACACUGCUCGCCCGGAUGGAAGGUUGACAGUUGAGGGUUUGAAGAGUUUGAGCGCCCUUCGCUACACGCUCCAUCCGCCUAAACAAGGUGAAGGCAAAGACAUCAAGGGCCUCCGUCUCAAAGCACCCCCUGUCCGCAUAUUCAUUCUCGGUGCUCGAGCAGAAUCCUCGCUUCCACGACAAGUCUGGCUCCAGCUAUCACACAUGUUCCCCAACGCGCUGAUCAACCUGAUCUUCAUCGGCCCUGAGAGCAUGGCGAACCGUGACGAGGAAUUCCCUCUACCCGAACGUACGCCCGAAAACCCAUUCGGCGGUAUCACCGAAGACAGAUUGGGUCCACAGAUGAAAAUCACCACGUAUGUCGACUACUUCCACACGAUGCACAACGCGCAGUACUUUUAUCCGUACGACCCUUAUUUCGACUGCUUCAUGCUUUUCCACCCUGGCCUCGGCCACCCUGCCAGCUCGCAUGAAUGGGAGGAAACGCUGCCUAAGCUUCUCGAAACAAAGGUCCCGAUUAUUUGCACGGGAUACACGCAAUCUGAUAUGGAGCGCGAUAUUAACUGGGUGCAUGAGAAAUGCGCUGGUGAAUUCGAUAUUCUCUUGAAACCAGGUGAGAAUCGGUUCCGGAGUCUGAGAUGGGAUUUGAAUGAUCUCGACCCGUUGGAUGUGUCGGCGGGGAAUUGGGGGAUAUGGGGGUUUAGAGGGAAACGGUACGAAGCGACCCAUAAGAACGACACAAUCGCCGCUUGA